CCCGGGAAAAGCAAUUCCGCGGGGAGGGCGGCGGCUGGCGCUCUAUGGGCAUCACCCGGUGGCGAGCGGGAUCGGUCCCAGGGCCUGGGACGGCCCUCCUGCCUUCCUCCGGGCGGUGGGGCCGGGCAGGGGGCCUGCAGAGGCAGAGCCCUGAGGGAGGCACGGGCUCAGGUGCCGGGGCCACCGCGGCGCUCCCUCUGCUGCCGGAGGGAUGGUAGGCGAGAUGCUGCCAGAGACUGUUGGAGCAGAACUAUCAAGCAAGAGCAGGCUUUGCACUGUCAUUUGUCAUCAGGUUUGCAACCAGACUGGAAAAGCUGAAUUUGAAGCUUCCUGACUGCAGUGAGGCCAAGAGACACCUAUUGCUCACAAAAUAAGACAUGAGCUUCAACGUGACUUUUCACCUUUCCUACAGAUUCCGAUUACUGCUGCUUUUUACCUUAUGCCUGACAGUGGUUGGGUGGGCCACCAGUAACUACUUUGUGGGUGCCAUUCAAGACAUUCCUAAAGCAAAGGAGCUCAUGGCUAAUUUCAACAAGGGUAUAGUUUGGGGGAAGAAAGGAACUGUGACAGAUGAAGCAUCUGUGAAAAAAGCAGACCUUGACAACUGCCCUUCUGUGUCUCCAUACCUCAAAGGCCAGAACAAGCUUGUUUUCAAACCAGAUCUCACUCUGGAAGAAGUACGGGCAGAAAACCCCAAAGUGCACAGAGGCCGGUACCACCCGGAGGAAUGCAGGGCUGUGCAGCGGGUGGCCAUCCUGAUUCCUCACCGGCACAGAGAGAAGCACCUGCUGUACCUGCUGGAACACCUUCACCCCUUCCUGCAGAGGCAGCAGCUGGACUAUGGCAUCUACAUCAUCCACCAGGCUGGAAAUAAAAAGUUUAAUCGUGCCAAACUCCUGAAUGUGGGCUAUCUAGAAGCUCUUAAGGAUGAAAACUGGGACUGCUUUAUAUUCCAUGAUGUGGACCUGGUGCCUGAGAAUGACUGGAACAUUUACAGGUGUGAGGAUCAGCCCAAGCAUCUGGUGGUUGGCAGGAACAGCACUGGGUACAGGUUACGGUACAGUGGAUAUUUUGGGGGUGUUACUGCCCUAAGCCGAGAGCAAUUUUUCAAGGUGAAUGGAUUCUCUAACAACUACUGGGGAUGGGGAGGCGAAGACGAUGACCUCAGACUCAGGGUUGAGCUUCAUAGAAUGAAAAUAAUCCGGCCACUACCUGAAGUGGGUAAAUAUACUAUGAUCUUUCACAAGAGAGACCAAGGCAACGAGGUGAAUAUAGAACGGAUGAAGCUCUUACAUCAGGUGUCACGUGUCUGGAGAACAGAUGGAUUGACCAGUUGCGAUUAUAAAUUACUCUCUGUGGAUUACAAUCCUUUAUAUGUCAAUAUCACAGUGGAUUUCUUGUCUAGUCCAUGACUCUGGAUCUUUUGGUGACAUUUGGAGGAACUGAAUAUUUGAUUGCAAUAAUUUUGACCUAGAGAUUCCCCUGGUAGCACACAUUAAGAACUUGUUGCAGCCAAUCAUUGAGCUGAAUUCUCCUUUUUCGGUGUUUUCUUAGCAGAGCUCCUGGUGAUGUGGAGUGUAAAACAAUUGUAACAAGACAGCUUUCUUAGUUGUUUUGAUCAUGAAGGUUAAAUAUUGUAAUGUAGAUACUUGAAGGACUAGGUGUCAAAGGACUACGCAAAAGAUCUCAUGAAGGCUACAUACAUAUUUUCUGAUAUAUUAAAAAGGCCAUGGGAGGUAAGAUUGCUAAAUGUCCUGGAGAACCAGAAUUAUUCUCAUCCAAGGGAGACAGAGAUGAAGAUGUGUUUCUCUUACUUAUUUAUCCUGUAUGGCCAUCUGUGAAGAGGUGGGUCCCCGGUGAGAAGGCAGCCAAGGAAGAGGGGACAAAAGGUGAAGAAUCAAGAUGCAGUGAACUUAGCACUGAAGAGGGGGCAGAAGGACUGUGUCAGAUGGAGAGCUGCUGUGGUGGUGCUGCUGCUUCGGCUGUGCUGCUGCUGUGGCUGUCACUCUGCAGCGGUGUCACCUGCCCAGAUGAGCCUUCUGGUAACAACCUAGCAGAGAACACGUUACCUACUCAUUUUUAGAGCAUUUUUGUAAAAUGAUUUUGUAUGUGUAGGAUAUGAAAUAGUUGUUUACAAAUUACAUAUUAACAAUAAUACCUACAAAGUACCUCUGUAGUAAAAUAUGAAAAAGC